AUGAAAAAAAUAUACAGGGGAAGCAAAACAGAUGAAAUAUUUCAGGCUCAAAAAAAUAAAUAUCGCCAUUUAAUUAACAAAAAUCAUAUUAACAAUAAUAUAUACCUUAAUCUGGAAGUGUAUCGAAAAUGGAGAAACCUGAUUAUUGAUAAAGAUGAAAAUGAUCACUGGGACGACCACUCCUUAAACACGAUCUUAAAUGCGGACUCGAAGUCCAUGGACAAAGAAAUUAAGCAUUUACUUAGACGAGGCGUCUCGGAUUCUCUUAAGCAUUUAAUAUGGAUACGAUCAAAUGAUGUCAAUUAUUUUGUAAUAAAUUUUCCCCAAUUUUAUGAGACAACUAUAUAUAACACAUUUGGAGAUAAAGUGCCAUCAAAUUUAUCAAAUGAUUGCCCCACAUUUUGUGGAGGUAUAUUGGGAUUACAAGAAGAUAUUAUGUGUGUGCAAACAAAAAUCGAAGAAUUAGAAAUUGAUCAUAAUGAUGAUUAUAAUAAUUUUAAUAUUAAUGAUUCAACUAGUAAUAUAUUAAAACUUUUAUUUAACAAUCCAAAUGAUAUGGAAAAAAAAAAAGAUAAAUAUUUAUUACCUGAACAUAAUUUUUGGAAAGAACCUAAAACAUUGAGUACUCCCAAUUUUGGCAUAACUACUAAUAAGCCCCACAAAAAAAAGUUUCGAUAUAUAGAAAAUGUAAAAAAUAAAAUUUUAAAAAAUAAAAGAAUUGAUAAUUAUUUAAGAGUAGCAUCCGAUUCAGUUUUACCAUAUUCACGUAAUUUUAUUUUAAAAAAUUUAUCAAGUAAAUUUUCUAAACAUAAACAUGAUAAAAAUAAUAAUGGUGACAUUAUGAAUAAUGUAAAUUUAAAUGUAUAUGACAAUUGCAGUAUAAAAUGUAAUUACGAUUUGUCUAACCGUGAUCAAAGACAAUAUAGUAAUGACAUAUGCAACAUGAUGGUAUCUGAAUUGGAUAAGCAUGACUCUAGUGGAAAAAUAAAUAUAACAAAUAAAUCUUCUAAUAAUGAUAAAACAAUUGAAUGUGAAAAAAAUAACUUAUUAAAAAAUUGUAGUAAAACAGAAAGAGAUAUUCUUAUUAAAGAUGAUAUUAUUAUUUUUCAUAAUAAUGAAACGGAUCAAAAUAGUAAUAAAUUAGAUGGAACAAGUAAUAAUAGUUUUACUAAUAGUAGAGGAGAAAGUCCUAGUAUUAGUCAUAAUCAUAGUGAUAGUAAUAUUCAUGAAGUAUAUUGUUUAAAACAUAAAACACCUGAUCAUCAUCAAAGUUCAUAUCAACUUCCUACUCGUGAAAAUAUGGAUAAUGAAAAAGAAACUAUUGAAUCAAAUAAAUAUUUACACAUACAAACAUACAUGACUGAGCAAUAUAUAAUUAGCAAAAAACAAGCAGAAAAAAUGAAUACAGCAAAAUUAUAUUUAAGAACAAAAAGGAAAAAAAAAAAAGAUAAUGAAAAUAAUUUAUCUAAAAAUAAUAAAACCCCAAAUAAAGGUAUGAAUAGGCAUAAUAAUUCUGAUUGUUCAGUAUCUAGUACAUCUAGUGAAAAUUUUUUAAAUAAAAAAUCGAUAGAAAAUAUUUAUGGAAAAAAAAAACGUUCUAGUUAUAAUCGUACUAAACAAUUUUUAGAAAAAACAUUUAAUGUAACUCAAUAUAAUAAAAAGAGUGAGAGGAAAUUAUCUGAUCAUAUAUCAUCUUUAUUAAAAAAAAGUUUAAAUACAGAUUAUUCAAAAUAUCCUAAAUUACAUUUUAUAGGAAAAAAAAAUAUUUCGGAUCCCCUAUUAACUGAUGAAAGGGAAUCAAAUAUAAAUGACAGUAAAUGUGAAAAAUGUGUCCAAAAAAAUAUGCAAAAAAAAUUAAAGCGAAGUAAGGCUUUUAAAAAUAGUAGUAAUAGUAAUAGUAAUAGUAAAAAUUUAGGUAAAGACAAAUUUAAAGAGGAAUACAUACAUAUAAAUAGUUCGAUUGGUCCUGACUUUCAAAAUAAUAAAAAUAUGUGGGCCGGAAAAGAUUGUGAUUGUAAUUCUAUGGUAGAGCUAAGUGCUUUUAAUUCAAAAGAGGAAUAUAAAAAUUGUGAUCAUAUUUGUAAAAGUUUAGAAAGUCGUGAAAGAUAUGAUUUAAAACAGAGUGACCAAAAUGAUAAAAUACCUACUAAUAGACGAUCUAUUUUUAGUAAGUUAAAAUACAUGUUUUAUAAAAGAAGAAGUACAUUUGAAAAUGACGAUGAUGAUUAUGUGAAAUAUGAACAAGAUGAAGAAGAGGGUAUAGUUUCUCGAUAUGGUAAUAUUCCAAUUGAAAAUUAUAACCCUGAAAUAUAUUUUCCUUUUGAAAAAAGUUCUAAGAUUGAGAGCAAUACAGUUAUUACAACAUCUACUGCAAAUGAUAAUUUAAAAAAUUAUGAUUCAGUAGAUAAAACAUAUUCUUUUUUUGGUGAGUUUAAACAUUAUGAGGAAAUAGACAUCGAGAAAAGUUUACUUCCUACUGAAAUAGGGGAGAAAAAAAAUAAAAAUUUUAAAUUAUUUACAGAACCCCAAAACAUAGAUACAAAAGAAAAUGCUAACAAAGAUAAUACAAAUGAAAAUGAAAGAUUAAAUAAAUAUAAUAUAGUUAUAAGUAGACAUGAUCAAACUAAUGCCAAUAAAAAAAUUGGUGAUACUAAAUCUAUUAUUCAUCAAUAUAAUAAUAAUUAUUAUGAUAAUAAUAAAUUUGAUGCAAACUGUGAAAAUUAUCCAUUUGAAAAUGAUGCAUAUUCAAAUAUUUAUAAAAAAAAAAAAGACAAUAAAUUAGGUGACAAUCCAGAUAGUUCGCCACCAAUUGAUAUGCAUGAAUAUUCUUCAGAUGGUACACAAUAUCAAGCUAUUGAAAUUAAAAAAAGGAAUAAAAAAAAAAAAGAAAAAGAGGAAUGGGAUGAUAAUAAUAAUAAUGAAGAUAGUAAUUCUGAUAAUACUAUAAAUAAAAAUAACUUAGAAAAUUUUAGAUUGCCAAAAACUCAUCCCUUAAAUGAAGAAAAUGAUAAAGAUGAGAGUAACAGUACUGAAAGUGAAAAUGAUGGAGAAGAACAUAAUAAUAAAAAUCAAUCUCCACAAAAAAAAAUAACAAAGAAAGUAAAAAAAAAAAUAUAUUUUAAGGAUAUUUCAGAGAGUGAGGAAAAUGAAAAAAUCAAAAAUGAAACGAAAUUUGUUCAUCAAAAUAGUAAUAGAAAAAGAGAAGACUCGGUGGGGGAUCCUUAUAAUUAUUAUGAUGAUUAUAUUGGAAAUGAUGAAAAAGAGGAAUGGGAAAAAAAAAUGAAAAAUGUAAAACAAAAUGGUAAUGAAAUAGGCUCACUUGAUGAUGAAAACCAGUGUAAAAAAUGUAUUGAUGAAAAUGGUGAUAAAAACCUUAAAGAUAAAAACCUUGAAAAUGAAUUAUAUAAUAAAUUUUAUGAAAAAAAUGGAAAUAGUAAUUGGGAUUAUCCUAAUGUAUAUAAUUUAGAUGAUGCAACUGAAUUUAGUCAACUAUUAAAUGAUAAUGGUAAACAUGAAAUAAAAAAAUUAUUAUGGGCAAUAAAUAAUAACUUUGGUAAUGAUAUAGAAUUUGCACCUAUUAUUCCAAACUUAUGUAUAGUAUUACUUGUAUAUUUUAAAGCUUCUGUAGUAUAUUGUAUAAUUCAUUGCUUAAUAAAAAAAGGGAUAGAUAGUAUACGAAAUAAAGAGUUACCAUUUUUUAUAUAUAAAAGAAAAGAUUUUGUGAAAUAUGUAAAAUAUGUAUUAAAUUGUUUUAUUAAAUUUUUACCUAAAUGUUAUUAUUAUUUAAGAAAAUUAAAUUUUGAUUUAGCUGCUUGGACAGCUAGGUGUAUACAAGAUGGAUUUGCAAGAAUGUUACCUUUUGAUUUUGUAUUAAGAAUAUAUGGGACAUAUUUAUUUGAAGGUCAAAAGACUUUAUGUUUAUAUUGUUUAGCAUUAUUAAAAUUUUUAGAGGAUGAUAUUUUAAAAUGUACUAACAUUGAAGAGAUUGAAAAUAUAUUAUAUCAUAUUUGUAUGCACCCAUAUUUAGAUAUUAAUAAAUUAACACAAUCAGCAUAUCGUUUUAAAUUAAAAACUAAAGAAAAUCAUUUACAAUUUUCAACAAAAUGUCCAUCCCCUUAUUUAAUGAAUGUCAAAAUAAAAAAUUUUUAUCGACCAAGAUUAAAUGAUAGUUCUCGUAUUAUUAAUUCAUUUCAUUGGGAAAAGUUAUGGGAAAAAAUUCCAAGUAAUAAUAGAUCUUUAGAUCCAUAUUUGACAUAUUGUACGGAGAAAGAUGGCUAUAAUUUACAUAAAUUAUUAGAUAAAACUGAAAAAAAUAAAAAAAAACCAAUGAUACUUAUUUUAAAAACAUUUGAAUCUGAUUUAAUAGGAUUUUAUUGUCCUUUUUCAUUAAAUAGAGAUUAUAAUUUUGUUAGCUUAACAGAUAAAAGUUCAUCUUUUCUUUGUACUUUCAAUUUGGAUUUUAAAUUUUAUAGAUGGUCAGGAAAAAAUAAUACCCUUAUGUUAAUAAGAGAUGGAUUAUAUAUAGGAGGAAAUGAUAUUGCCUUAUUUAUUGAUAGAGAAGUAAAGGUUGGUAAAACAAAUUAUUCCGAAUCUUUUUCCUCACCCCCGUUAAUAUCCAAUGGCUAUGAUUUCAAUAUUAUGGACAUAGAAAUAUGGAAUUUAAAAUAA